AAUCUAUAAGAAAGAUGAGGCAGGUCAGACUUGCAGCUAGAGACUUGGGGAUUCCUCAUCUGGUUGUUCUCACCAAAAUUGAUCAAAAUUGUCCAGAGGUCUGCUCCAUUGUAAAGAGCGUGUAUAAGAGCAAAAACAUAAAGGACACGGUAGGUUUCUAUUUCAUGAGAAUGUUCUUUAAAUUGAAUUUAAAAAAAAAAAUGAAACACAAAAUUAAGCAUUUACCGGCAUUUCUUAAAUGUGAAUGUUUUCCAUAUUAGAUGGAAAAAAUCAGUGUGGACCUGGGCUUUCCACUGAACGGCAUCUUUCCUGUGAAGAACUACAACUCAGAAUAAAACACAUGAUGACAUUGAUUUACUGAUCCUGAGCGCACUGAAACAGAUCAUUAACUCUGGAGAAAACUCUGUCAACCAGCUGUAGACCUAAAAUACUGCAGCGGCUAAUCUUGCUCUAUCUCGGCCUCAAAAUGUCUGUUUGUGGGGACAUAACUAAAUUAAAUGGGACUUGUUUGAUUUUAGUUGUGAUCAAUAUCUUAUCUGCUCUAAAUGGUCUUGCCUCUACUAAUAAUUAAAUAAAGUAUGUUAGGCUGUAUCACCCUCAUCCUGCAUUACAUUUUUUGCAUUAUUCUUUCAUUAUCAUUGAUAUUCUCUGAAAAAUGGCUAAGAAAUCAUUAAUUCUGUCAGGGUGUGUAAACCUAUGAGCACAACUGUAGGUUUCAGUUAAGAAUUGGUUGAAUAUCAUUGUAAUCAAAAUGUCAAUCUACCUACCUUGGUCAAAUCUCAAACACAGUCUAUUAAGUGGGCUUUAUUGUGGUACAUAGACUGUCACUAAGGCACAACAAUAGUUUUCUGGUUGAAUGUUCAGCUCAAGUCUAGAAGGCCCUACAAGUCAUGGUCAGAUGAACAUGAAUCAGAAUAAGUUCAGGUAUUGCACAUUACAUGUCAUCUGUAGCAUACCACCCCAAAAUCCACUAGAAUACAGGAAAUAACAUCUACUUAAACCCAAUUGUCCUGGGGGUGGACCUUCAUGUCUUUGCUUCUGAGAAUGUAAACAAUGUUCUCCGUUUCCAGUAGGCCGCCCCUAUCGACGACUUUGGGCCCCACAAACCACCAGAUUGCAGGGCACAACAUGGAUACUACGCCAAAUCAAUUCCAAUUCCCUGAUAUUUGAGCCACCAUUAAUGGCAGCCACACAUGCAUCUAAGGGUCCACAGGACAGUCACAUGCAAAGAACGAACAUCACUUCCUUUUUCCAUUGGCGCCCCACACUAGCUGUCUCAGGAGUACAGCGCCCUCUUGUGGCUUUACUGGUGCACAUCAUUUUCCCGCUGGGCUAAAUUUAUUCUGAAUUUACAUUCAAACUACAGUUUGUGCUCAAUUAGAUGUAGUAACCAGGAAGCAGAGUAAUCCAUGAAUUAUGUUGUCAUAUACAGUACCGUAUAUUACAGAAAAUAAAGAUUAAAUGAGACAUUAUUCUAUUUGUAUCUUUCUCCUAAGUCACAUGAUUUACUGUAUCUGAAAGUGAAAGCCUAGCCGACAGUAUAAGGAGUCUACUUUCCACCAUUACUUCACCACUAUUAUCACAGCACUCCACAGAGCCGCAGAUACAAAGAUUGUCUCCUGUUAUCAUUUAGGUGAUUGUAUGACAUUUUCUUCAUUGUUCAUAAAUUAUUACCUUGCAUAUUUCCUACUACCCUACAUGCCUUUUCUUUUCACUUGUUCAACAGUUUCACUUUCCACUUUGCAAAAUCGCUCCAAAAAUAAAUAUGAUUACAGUAUUUCAGUGAAAGAAUCUCUAUUUAAAGUUACUUUUUAAUUCAGACAUUAGUAACAUUCAUGCUCCAGAAAAAUAUAUUUAAAUUCCUGCACAUUUACAUGUUACUGUCUCCUUUACAGCAAUGGGAGUAAUUUUGUCAUAUUUUGAACAACCGUGGAGGGAUGUAAAAACGGACUAUCAAAACAAUCAGGAUUUCCUGAAAUCUUACAAACCUCGAAAUCAAAGAGUCAAACAUCUCAGAAUUCUGCUCCAUGGACCCGUCGGGGCUGGAAAGUCCAGCUUCAUCAACUCUGUUGAAAGUGCUUUAAGAGGCAGAGUUGCUGAUUCAGCUCAAACGGAUGCAAACUCUGGGACCAGCUUCACCAAAAAAUACGCAGCUCAUAAAAUCCCCAAAGACGAUGGAAGCUGUUACGGUUUCAUUUUCAAUGACAUAAUGGGCCUUGAGGAAAAGACCAACAAGGGAGUGAAAGUGGAAGACCUGGAACUCACCCUAAAGGGACACGUGUCAGACGGUUAUCAGUUCAAUCCUGAAGUCCAGCUUAAGGCGAAUGACAAAGACUACAACUCACAUCCCUCUCUGGAGGACAGAGUUCACGUCCUGGUGUCUGUCAUUCCUGCUGACUCCGUGUCUAUAUUAAGUGAUGGAGUUGUGAAGAAGAUGAGAGAAGUCAGAAUGACAGCCAGUGAAAUGGGAAUCCCCCAACUGGCUAUUCUGACCAAAGUUGAUAAACUGGAACCAAAUAUGGGUAAAGUAUAUACAAACCAGGACCUAAAGGAACAGGUUGACAAAUUCAGCUUGUUGCUAGGCCUUCCUAUAAAGUGCAUCUUUCUCGUGAAGAACUACCAUGAAGAAAUCAAGACCAAUGAUGACAUGACUGCGCAGAUCCUGAGUGCAGUGAAACAGAUGAUUUGCUUUGGAGAAGACUUUGUCAACAGGCAGUCAACCAGCUGUACCUAAAAUACUGCUGAAGCCAAUUUUGCUUUUGAAAUAGUCUGUUUGUGGGAACAUAAAUAUAAUAAAACAGACUUGUUUUAAUAUAUUAUCUGCUCUAAAUGGUCUUAGGCUGUAUCACCCUCACUAUGCAUUCGUUUUUGCAUUAUUAUUUUGAUAGUUAUGCUUUUUUUACUUAGGUGGUAAUGUCCAUGUUCCUGUCCACCAGUAAUUGAGUACUGCUGUUUAGGUAAAUUCACAAUAAAUUACACAAAUAAUUACA